AUGGGUGGUUUAGCUGGACUUGGGUGGUUAAUUCUCCUGAUGGCAGUUGUAAAUAUAGAGGCUCAAAAGAAACCCUCUAUAAAUAUCGACUCAAAAUGCCUGGGGAACCUCAUGCGUGUGGAUGUUGGCCCACUUGGAGGAAAUCUUCUUGAAGUGUCCGUUGUCUAUAACAACUCUGCAAUUCUCCUUACAUCAAGUUUAGCUUCUCAGUGUGGCUUAAGUGUGAAGAUAGACCAGCUGGGGAACGCCAUGAUUUUUGCCUCUCUUCAAAACUGUUUUGCUCAAAAUGUGGACGAUGAAGCUUUCACAACGACAUUAAAUCUUCGACUGCAUGGGAACCAGGUGGUUGAAGACGAGCUGUACCAGGUGGCUAAAACCUGCCACUACAAUGACUGGGCCUCCAGGGAAAUUGUCUGUGAACGGAACUAUAUGGAGGUUUCAGUGAAAAGGUCGGCUCCAGGUGACUACAACCUGCCUAAACAUCCCUUCUCUGGUGCUAAACAGUUGGGUGAUCCUUGGCGAGCUGUGAAACAACCCAUGGAUGCAGGAUUCAGAAUCAAAACUGUUGUGUUCUUCACACCUGAGGAGAAGAUGAUGACUGUGACAGAGGCCCAGAGACGAGGUUAUGGAAUCGCAAACACCCCGACAAGGCUGGUUUUGCGAAGCCCAAUAACUUCCCCUGAAACAUACACCCAGCAUGUAGCCGGUGUGCCUAUGACUGUGCUCACAACCUCAACAAUAUUUGAAAAGAAGUGGCUGGAGACCCAAAUCCACGCAGGAGCUGCCUGCCCAAUACUGCAGGGUAGUGUUUCUUUCACUCCCCACUCGCUCAGCUGGUUCCUGCCGAGGCACAUUGACCCCCUCAUUUUCUCUGGCCAGUUUAAACUGUUGGAGGUGCACAUGGGUGUCGAUGGCCAGAGGCUCGACCUUGCAGAGGUGGCCAACAGGCGUUACUCCUUGUCUGUCAAUGACAUAUACAUCAUCAUUGAAAUCCCUGUUGGGGCUGUCGGUGGCCACUUUAAGAGUCAUGUUCAGAAUGGUCAGUAUCUCACUACUUAUACCAUUGAGCCGAUGCUCGAGUUGCUCUGGACUGAGGAUUCUUCUCAUGAGGACACCAGAUACAAAGUCCUCCUUCCCAUCACCACGCCGCUACUGUAUCGACCUCCGCAAGUUAUUGACAACACUGUUCCUGAGGAGCAGAUAUUUAAGAUGACGCUUGGGCCUUUCUGCUCCGAUGUGACACUAAUGAACAUCACCUUCCCCUCUGAGGUUUUAUCCAUAGCGGACUGCAGUGCAAGAGGCCUUAAAGUUUUGGAGCACAAGUCCGCCAAAAGCUGCUCGAAGAUGUUUAACCUUGAAGUGCCCUUCACGUACCUUGGUGUUGUACAAAUGAAAGAAAUGGGGCUUACAGUCUACUCUCUUCACUUGACCUUUGGCUUACUGGUUCUGCCAGAGUUUGCAGCGUUUGCUCACACUGCUCAUCUGGAAGCACAGUUGCAAAUUUCUAACUUUUUUCCUUCUGCAGUUCCUCCCUCUGUCACUGGUGGCUGUGAUUAUCAAAACUUCUAUGUCCUCGUGAAAUACGACACCCAAGCCUUCCACUUUCAGACGCUAGUGGGAAAGCAAAUGUUGACAUUGGACCUGGCUCAGAAGUACAGCUUCAUGGACAAUGGAACACACUUCAGUUUUACAGUACCGUUUUCUGCCCACGACGCUGCGAUUGAGGCUAUAGAGGCAUCAUCUAUUAGAAGCAGACUCGAUGUGACUCUGAGGAAUCCGGACACCGACAAAAAUAUUCAAGAAUUCUCCGUGUCUUGCAGUUUCUUGUCAACCCUAAUUGAGUGUUUCCCUAAUGGAACGAUGACCGCUCUGGCUAUAAAACUGGAGUCGGUUCCCAGUCUGCAACUCGGUCACCUCACCCUCAGAGACCCAAGCUGUCGGCCGUCAUACAGCGAUGACCGCUAUGCCCAUUUUAUUUUUACUGGGAACUCAUGUGGCACGACCAGAAAGUUUCUGCCUAAUAUGAUGGUGUAUGAGAAUGAAAUCUCUCUGCCUGACCUUGAAACCAAAAGAGAAUCAAAGACCGAGCCAGAGUAUGACCUGAAGGUUGCUUGUUAUUUUGACAUCAACACAAACCACGCUGUGGCCUUCAACAACAGACCUCUGAGCAGUAAACCAUAUGCUGAUGAUGCAAUAAGCGCGCUGCAAUUUGAAAUGAGACUUGCUUUGGACUCCUCCUACAGCACAUUUCACAGUGUUGAUGACUAUCUCAUUGCAAAGUAUCUACACGAGCCGCUGUAUUUUGAGGUGGAACUCAUGAAGUCUCAAAACCCUGAGGUAUCGCUGGAGCUGGUGUCCUGCUGGGCAACAGAGGGUGACAGGAAGUCUCUUCCCAAAUGGGACCUCGUCAUUAAUGGCUGUGCAAACCCAAAAGACCCAUACCAGGUGAUCUUCCAUCCUGUUUUGCCUGAUGCCAGAGUUCACUAUCCUGCUAACUUCAAGCGCUUUGAGAUCCCAAUGUUUGCCUUUGCCAAGGACAACUUGAGUCGCCAGGUCUUCGUCCACUGUGAUGUUGUGGUAUGUGAUGCCAGAAGUGCAGUGGAUAGAGCCUGUAAUGUGCAGUGUUCAAACAAGGAUGACGGGAUGAAAGGUAAACGUUCUGUUUCCGAGGGCCACAACAUCAAACAUGUCUCGUCAGGACCAAUAAUCAUGAGCUAAAUUUAAAAUGUUCACACUUUUGUAUUUUCCUGGCAAUUGGUGAUUGGUUCCAACUGAGGGUUGGAAGAAGUAUUCCCUACUAAAUCACAAAUUGGAAUACCUCUGUCCUAGUAACUUCUCACUUGGGUGAAAAUCAGCCACGCAACAGUGAACAUUCUGCAUGGUGUAGUUAGAAAUUCCUACAAUACACAACUAGCUGCGACAUUUUGAAUGUAAGGCAGUUUUUUUAAAGGAGUUUUAAACAGUUUUUAGUAUCCACAUUGUUAAACCAUUGUCUCAAAUACAUUUUCGUCACUGACUCCUAACCUGCAAAAUCCUGUAAAAAAAAUUGGGCAGCAAAUGCAUGCGUUUGUUCCGCAGA